AUGGGAAAAUCGUUUGUCGGGAAGCCGAAACCACUUGGAGCUGACCAUAAAGUGGUCGUCGUGCUUGAUCAUGGACCACGAUUUGGAAUCGACGCCUCUGAAAAGCUGCCCAUUCACGUGAAGGAGCUCGCCGGGAACAAGCAGAAAUUUGUUGCGACCAUCGAGAAAAGUGUAUGGUCGCUAGCCGUUGAAUGUGCCCUCGAGAUGCAUCGUAUUGUUAGCGAUGUUUUCCCGAACAAUAACAAAUUGAUGCGCUUCGUUUUAUCGGAUUGUGUGGGCCGCUUCCUAACGAGUGACACGUCGGAUGUAAUGAAACAAUGGGGCGAUAGUUUGAUCUCAAGAAAUGAGUUGCAUGAGAGCAUCAAAUCGGCCGGCAAACCGUUGACAAGUGAAGAUUCGUCGAUACUCAAUGGUGUCCGAAUGGCUGUGGAUGCCCUCUCACAGAAGACGAAUGCCUACAGGAAAGCGAUCGAUACAGCUCAGAAAAUGGGGAAUCGACCGGGACAAGGCAAGCGCCCACGAGUUCCGAUCCCGAUGAGAGGUGGAAAUUUGGAAGCAAAUAAGCAAAAGAGAGACCAAUUUCUUCAAACAUUCAUUCCAAAUCGAGGCGCAAUCGUUCUAAUGACUUCAUUGAAAAGUGAAGAAGAGCUGAAAAGUCUCGAGGCGGACAUUGUGGAGAUUGUGAAGGGUCGUAACUUGAUUGUUAAGAAUUUGGGUGAUGACAAUUUUUCUCCAAUCGAGGAUCUUCGCUGCUAUAUCAUCAACGUUUACUCGGGAAAUCUUGCCAAUCCACUUCAAAACAAAUCAAUGCAAUCGGCGGACGAUACCGAAUUGGUGAAGAUUCAACUCCUUUCCACUGUAGACACUGGGGAAGCUAUUCAAAUGGUCGUUCAUGCUGUCACUCUCGAUUUGUACAAUCUUGUCUCGACGACAAUCACCGGAAUACCGAUGAAGGAAGAAAGCAUUACCGGACAAUCGGUCAACUAUGAUGUCGAACUUUUCCAUCCGAAAAUCGUCCUUGGAGAGCUACAAAAACACAAAUUACUUGAACCAUCGAGCCAUUUGGUGAUCAACAAGGGAGUCUAUUCGACAAUAAAACUACAAUGGGCAACACCGAAUCCGAAAACUAGAUGGGAUUUGUUCCCCUUUACAUCGCAUUCAUCAAGAGUGAGCCUCGCCGAGCCGAACAGUCGCCAAUCAACAUGCCUAUCGUCGUAUUUGAUGAACGGGCGAAAUAAAGUGAUGCUUGAGGUUUCUCGCCAAGGAGCCGCCGAAUCGUUGACACCAAAUGUUGGUCCGAAAUUGAUCUCUCAAGUGGUGAUGGCUGCUGGUGGAAAUAAGAUGAACAUUCAACAAGUGAUCAUUUCGAAACAAAAUAACGAAGAUCUCCAGAAGAAAGCCUCAAUGAAACCAAUACCCGGGGUUCGCGUAAACGAUUUCAAAAGUCUGAUGAAAGAGACGACACUUUCGGUGAAAACAAUUGAGAAGAAAAUGGAUAAAGAGAAAAUGCCUUCAACUUCGGCGAAGAACGAUCAACCAACCCUAUUGCUGAAGAGACUCACUCGAUUUUGGCCGGUUCAGCAGGAUCAAACCGUUAUUUAUAAUCUUCAAGAGAAAUUCGAAAGAUUCUUUUCCAUUUUGGCGAAACGCGAGCUCUCGGCCGAAGAUUUCGAUAUGGCUAGAGGGGUGAUACUUGAAUUUGUGGCGAGAAAGAGCAGUCCACCGUAUGCAAAUGAUGGAGAGACGGGGAAGAAUGCGGCAAAUCGAACCGAACAAUUUCAAACGGUCGCACAAGAGCUGGCACUUCAUUUGGGAAACUAUGUGAAUCACUCCGAGCAACAUUUGGAGCUAUUCAAUCAACUCAUGCAAUUGACGUUUGUGGAAAGAAGUCUCUCCUUGCCGACCAAUGAUGUGACAAAUGAUGCGAAACGAGAAUGUAUCCAAUCGACUUCGCAAGCUUUGAAAUGGUAUGGAAAUGGUGGAACGGGAGGGGCAUCGACGCCGACUCGGACAUCAUCACGAAGCAAUUCCCCGCAACCGAAACGUGCCUACAAGGAGAAAUAUGUGUGGAAAUCGGGAGAGACACUCAAACUCGGUCCAUGGUUUCAACAACAAGAACAAGCAAAAUAUUGGUCACGAUGGCAGGAUUUCGAGGGAAGAAUUCUGGCUGGCGAUCAACCCGCGAAACUCUACGCCGAUUUGGAUCUCCCACCGCAUUCGAAUAAGAAAACCGAGGUUCCGCUGGGU